AUGUUGGGAUUUCUGCGACCAGUUUUACAGGAACUGGUAUCCAAGGGAUAUGAUUUAUUCAACUACCGUUUUCUGGGACUAUUUAUUUUGGUGGCAUUAUUCAGUAAUGUUCUCUGCAAACUAUACCAGCAACUGCGAACAAGAUGGCGGGCAGAGAGAGACCUGAUUGAGAUACCAAGCCCACAUCGUCACUGGCUGUUUGGUCAUCUACACUUGUUUAAAAACAACGAGGACAGCCUGGCGGAAGUCCCGAGACGUGCCCUUGAAUUCAGCCCAGCGGCAGUAAUUUGGCUUGGACCAUUUGUUCCACGAGUGAUGGUCAAUCACCCAACGACAAUCAAAGCUAUUUUAACCACGUCAGAACCAAAAGAUGAGUUCUUGUACGGCUUGCUGAAACCAUGGCUAGGUGAUGGACUAUUAAUAAGCAGCAGACAAAAAUGGUUUAGAAACCGACGUCUUUUAACUCCUGGAUUUCAUUUCGAUAUUCUCAGACCAUAUGUACAGAUAUAUAACGACUGUGUGAAGACUAUGCUGGAUAAGUGGUCUAAUCUUUGCGCAUCAUCUAGCUCCAAAUCAGUUUCCGUAGAAAUGUUUGGAGAUUUGAGUCUCAUGACUUUGGAUAGUUUGUUAAAGUGUAUCUUCAGUCAAGAAAGUCACUGUCAAACCGCUAAAUCCCAAAAUCCAUAUAUAAGCAGCGUAUAUGCCUUAUCUCAUUUAAUAAGCGAGCGAGGUAGAUUUGUGCCUUACCACAGCGACAUCAUCUAUAACCUGUCGAUCAGUGGAUAUAAAUUCAGGAAAGCCCUCAGAGCAGUUCAUGGUUACUCUGUACGAGUUAUUCAAGAACGAAAACAAGCCUUGCAGCAAAGUGGGGAUGAUAAGCCAGCAAGGAAAUACAUCGACUUUUUAGACAUUCUUCUGCGAGCAAAGGAUGAAGAUGGUAAUGGUCUGUCUGACCGAGAAAUCCGAGAUGAAGUUGACACAUUUAUGUUUGAGGGACACGAUACAACUGCCAGUGGGUUGUCCUGGUGUCUAUACAAUUUUGCUAAAUAUCCGGAACAUCAGCGGAGAUGCCAAGAAGAAAUAGACGCUCUGUUGGUCAAAACUAAGAAGGAAGACAUUGAAUGGGGCGAUCUAAGCCAUCUGCCGUAUACGACAUUAUGUAUUAAGGAAAGUCUGAGAAUUAGAAGUCCUGUUCCGAUGAUAUCACGUGAAUUGAAAUCACCUUUGACCCUUCCUGAUGGCAGAUUUAUUCCUGCAGGAUAUAAUGUGUUAAUUAGCAUCAAUGGAGUACACAAUAAUUCAUUGGUAUGGGAUAAUCCUACUGAGUUUGAUCCAUCCAGGUUCUUACCAGAAAAUACAAGGUAUAGGUCUCCAUAUGCAUAUGUACCAUUCUCUGCUGGACCAAGAAAUUGUAUUGGGCAAAAUUUUGCCAUGAAUGAGAUGAAAGUGGUCGUAGCAAGGACACUACGAAGAUUCGACCUAUCACCCGAACUUUCAAGACAACCACAGAGAAUUAGUAACCUUGUUCUUAGAUCAUCAAAUGGAAUAUACGUGCAUGUAAAACCCAGAAACUAG